AUGGACCAGAAACCCAACGUACCUAAUUCUUUCCGAGCCAAUUCGAACAACGCUAGACACAAGACGCAAGCUUCCUCAGGCAAGUCUUUACAUAAUCCCAGCACAACUAUAAAACCGAAAAUAAAUCCUGUGAGGCCAGCAGAUAACGGAACGCAGAAAUCUUAUAAAACAGUGACCAAGGACCCCGUUGGGAAAAAGACGAAAAACAAAGCCGGCAAACACAACUCACACUCUGCAUCGGAUGCGGAUGACGAACAUCAUGAAAUGACUCAAAAAAAUGACUCCAAGAAGAAUAAGAAUCCAAGCUUGUCGCAAGCAAAGAAAAACAAGAUAGAUUAUUCUAAUGCAGAGUUUGAUGUUGGCGACGGUAUGGGCACACCAGGAUUGAAGGCUCUGUGUUGCUGGAAGUGUUACAGUGAUUCCGAGUAA